AUGGGCGACCGUGUUGGUGUCAACUACAACAGUGUCAGUGAGGGCAAAGAGUGUAAGGGAGGGCAUGGCAUCCCCAAGCUUUCCAUGGCCCCCCUCGUAUUCCUCAUAUUCUAUGAAGUUUCAGGGGCUCCCUUUGGGAUUGAGGACAGUGUCAGGGCUGCCGGGCCACUACAAGCAAUUCUGGGCUUCCUUCUGUUUGCGCUCAUAUGGAGCAUUCCAGAAGCUCUAAUCACUGCUGAGAUGGGCACUAUGUUCCCAGAGAACGGUGGUUAUGUUGUCUGGGUUUCUUCAGCUCUUGUGUACUACUUUGAGGAACAGUAUAUCAAUUACUUGGUCGCCAAAGGUGUUCUUCCUCACGCUUGUAGUCAGGUUCGAGUUCAGGGUGCCAUGGCGCUCGAGGUGAUGAGGGAAGGCAAUGACAAGGAGAAGGCCUACCAAGGAUUUGAUGGCUGCCAAGAUCUGUUGGAGACUGCAGUGAUUCAUCUCCAAGGUUCAGAGGCACUACUGAAGUCAGUACUUGAGAGCAACAAGAAAUUGUUGACCAACAUGAAUAAAAUUGGAGAGCGGCUGCUUGUAGUUGGUGGUGUAAUGAAUACACUGUUUUGGAACCUCAACUAUUGGGAUUCAAUCAGCACAUUGACCGGUGAAGUCGAGAAUCCAAAGAGAACCCUACCGAAAGCGCUUUCUUAUGCUCUUGUUCUAGUGGUGGGAGGAUAUCUCUACCCGCUGAUCACUUGCACAGCAGUAGUUCCAGUUGUUCGGGAGCACUGGUCAGAUGGGUAUUUUUCAGACAUCGCAAGAAUUCUCGGCGGCGUUUGGUUGCAAUCAUGGAUGCAAGCAGUUGCCGCUUUAUCCAACGUGGGCAAUUUCCUCACUGAAAUGAGCAGCGACUCUUACCAGCUUCUUGGGAUGGCGGAGCGUGGCAUGCUCCCUGACUUUUUCGCAAAGCGAUCUCGCCAUGGAACCUCGCUUAUUGGCAUCCUGUUCUCUGCCUCCGGCGUGAUCCUACUGUCCUGGAUGAGCUUCCAGGAGAUCGUUGCCACCGAGAACUACCUCUACUGCUUCGGCAUGAUCCUGGAGUUCGUUGCCUUCAUCAAGCUUCGGGUGACCCAUCCGAACGCCUCUCGGCCCUACAAGGUCCCUCUGGGCACCAUUGGUGUUGUCCUGAUGAUCACCCCACCUACUCUCUUGAUCGUCGUGGUGAUGGCCCUCGAGUCCUUCAAGGUGAUGGCGGUGAGUAUGUUAGCGAUGGUCGUUGGGUUAGUGCUGCAGCCGUGCCUGGUGUACGUGGAGAAGAAGCGGUUGCUAAGGUUCUCCAUCAGUGCAGACCUGCCCCAUUUGCCUGAUGUGCAGGAAACUGCUGAAGAUGAUGUUGUCCCGCUCCUGUUCUAA